AUGGCCUUGAAAUUGGAUCUUAGUAAAGCUUAUGAUAGAAUGGAAUGGGAGUUCCUCAGGAGGGUGAUGAGUAGGUUUGGCUUUGCCCGAAGGUGGAUCGAUUUGAUCAUGCAGUGUGUUACAACAGUCAGAUAUUCUUUCUUGGUCAGGGGAAAACCCAGAGGUUGUGUAGUUCCUACCCGGGGACUCAGGCAAGGGGAUCCAUUGUCCCCUUACUUAUUUUUACUCAGGGUUGAAGGGUUCUCCGCUCUUCUUCAAAAGAAACAAAGUGAUGGUCUUCUCUCGGGUAUUGAGGUUUUUCAGGAUGCACCAUCUGUUAAUCACCUUUUUUUUGCUGAUGAUAGUAUGUUAUAUGCUAAAGCGGAGUUGGAGGAUUGUUAUCAAAUUCAGGAAGUGCUUGAAACUUAUGGUAGAGCUUCAGGUCAGCUGGUGAACUUCGAUAAGAGCUCAGUGGUUUUCAGUAAGAAUGUUACGGACUAUAUGCAAGGGGAGGUGGCUGAUCUGAUGGGAGUUGAAGUGGUGGAUUCUCAUGAAAAAUAUUUAGGUCUUCCCACUUAUGUAGGAAGGAAGAAGUCUGUUACUUUCCAGUAUAUUAAGGAGCAUUUAGCUAAGAAGUUGGAAAAUUGGCAGGGUAAGUUGUUAAGUGGUGCUGGUAAGAAUAUUCUUAUCAGAGUUGUGGCUCAAUCCUUAUCAACAUAUGCCAUGAGCGUAUUUCAACUCACCAAUGGGUUCUGUGAAGAUAUCGAACAAAUGUGUGCACGGUUUUGGUGGGGUAGCACUACUAAUAAGCGGAAGAUUCAUUGGAGGUCUUGGGAUUUCUUAUGCAACUCUAAGGAAGAGGGUGGACUAGGAUUUCGAAGUUUGGCAGAAUUUAAUUCUGCAAUGUUAGCGAAACAGGCAUGGAGGAUCAUUAAUCAUCCCAAUUCCCUAAUUGCACGGAUUUAUGCGGCUAGGUACUUUCCUUCUGAUUCGUUUUGGACUGCAGGGUUGACCGCGUCUCCCUCUUACUCUUGGAGAAACAUAUUGUCUACAAGGGAAUUAAUUGCUAAUGGUUUCUAUUGGCAAAUUGGUAAUGGUGAGAAGGUGAAAGUUUGGUGUGAUCCGUGGAUACCAGGACUCCCAUCUUUUAAACCAGAGCUGCAAGCUAACGGUGGAGACAGUUCACUCAAGGUUAGUGAUCUUUUUCUCACAGAGCAUUCUUGGGAUGAAAGGAAAAUUCGGAAUUUAUUUUCAGCCAAUACAGCAGAGGCUAUCUUGUGUAUACCUCUAAGCUCAAGAAGAACAGAGGACAGGGUGGUUGAAUGGCUCAUUCAUUGUGCUGGAAAGCUGUCGAAACACUCUUUUGAGGAGCUACUUGUUGUCCUUUGGAAUAUUUGGAAGGAAAGGAAUACGAGGGUCUUGGAGCAUAAGAGGACUGAAGCAAAUGAUGUGGUGAUUCGUACGAGUACUAGCCUUGCUGAGUACCGUCUGCACAAUAUCCAAGAAAGGCAAAUGGGAACUGGGGUUAAUGCAGCUCGAUGGAGGUGUCCUGCCAUAGGGGUUUUGAAGGUCAAUAUCGAUGGCUCGUUUCAUGCCGGCACGAAGAUAGGUGGUUUGGGAUUCAUUAUCCGAGAUAGUCAGGGAGUAGUGGUUGCAGGUGGUGUACGACCUCUUCGUCAUUUGUUCUCGGCUGAACAUGCCGAGGCAUUGGCAUGUUUUGAAGCAGUCAAAUUUGUUCUGGAGCAUAACUUGAACCCUGUUAUUAUUGAGACAGAUUCUCAGGUUGUCCAACGACAAGUUUCUCUGUCAAGUGAGGCAAACUCUUCUAUGAUCGGUAGAGUUUAUGAGGAUAUUGUAGCGCUACUCUCCUCUUCUCCAAAUUUGAAGAUCACUCAUACCAAGAGAGAGGCCAAUCAGGUGGCGCAUAGGCUGGCAACUCAUGCUACAACUCUUCAGCAAGCAAAUUUUUUCUAUUCUCCUCCUAGUUUUCUUAUGGCUGCACUUGCAGUGGAUUCCAUUCUAGUGUAA